UAGAUUUUUUACCCAUUCGCUUACAGAUAUUUUACUCUGAAAAUUUUUGCAGCAUGUAUUAUUAUCAGAAGUCAGAAGUCCUCUCUCUCACUCUGAGAAAGCUUCAAAACAUGGCCCAUAAUGGACUCGAACCUUCGACCCAACCAAUAAGCUUAUCCACUUCCACUCGUCUAUUUAUAUUAAAGACAAUCAGGAGACGGGGCAAUAGGAAAUUGGGUGAUGUGCCAUGAAUAAAGCCAUGAGGGCGCAUGAGCCACGGUCAAGUUCAUCUUGUGCAGCCUGCAAGUUACUGAAAAGAAAAUGCACGACCACUUGUAUUUUUGCUCCUUAUUUUCGAUCCGAUGAGCCCAAAAAAUUUGCGAAAGUUCACAAGGUGUUUGGUGCAAGUAAUGUGAGCAAGAUCCUGAUAGAGGUACCUGAAGAGCAACGAGAGGAUACGGCCAAUUCACUUGCAUAUGAGGCUGAGGCAAGACUCAGAGACCCUGUUUAUGGUUGCAUUGGCGCCAUAGCGUCGCUGCAAACAAGGAUGAUUCAGCUUCAGCAAGAUUUGGCCAUUGCAAGAGCCCGCCUCGCCCGCUAUACGGAGGCUGCUGCUUCUUCUUCUUGUACCUUUCAGAAUAAUGAUCCAUUUUCCUCCAUGCUUCCGAAUUUCACUAAGUUCGAUGGUUAUGGCGGAAUGAUGGCUCAGAAUUCCUUGGAACUCAAUGGGGUUGGAAAUAUGUAUGAUCAAAGCCAAAUCCCAUAUAUAUAAUCAGAUUUUCCUCUCUUA